UCAGUUUGGCCCAUAAACUACUGAAGUGCCAGGUGCUGCCAGAUUUUGGCAAAACGAAGAGAGUGAGAGAAGGUUGCCACAUCGGCGGAAGAAAUUGUGCGUCAUGUCUUCAAAUGAGGCCUACCACAGGAAUAACGAGCAGACCGCUGGAGGCGAUGGCCCGGGUGGCAGUCAGCGGAGCAGCCAUCUCCACCACCAACAGAUACUCAACGAGACGACCUAUCUGAAACCCGCCGCCAAGCAGGCCUACUUCAGCGAUGAGAAGGUCCUCAUACCCGAUGAUGAACGCACAAAUGUGGUUUUCAGCUUUCGCAAGCUGUGGGCCUUCACGGGACCCGGUUUUCUCAUGUCCAUCGCAUAUUUGGAUCCCGGCAACAUCGAAUCCGAUAUGCAGUCUGGUGCGGCAGCGAAGUACAAGAUCUUGUGGGUCUUGCUCUGGGCCACUGUCUUGGGUCUACUAAUGCAACGCUUGGCUGCAAGGCUGGGUGUGGUGACAGGUCUGCAUCUGGCCGAGAUGUGCUACAGACAGUACAAGCGUCUGCCACGUUGGAUCCUCUGGAUAAUGAUAGAGAUAGCUAUUAUUGGCUCCGACAUGCAGGAGGUUAUUGGCACGGCCAUCGCCAUAUACUUGCUGUCCAAUAAAGUAGUGCCUUUGUGGGGCGGCGUUCUGAUCACCAUUGUCGACACGUUCACGUUCCUGUUUCUGGACAAAUACGGUUUACGCAAGCUGGAGUUCCUGUUUGGUUCCCUCAUCACCAUCAUGGCUGUCUCAUUUGGCUAUCAAUAUAUUGUGUCAGCCCCCAAUCAAGGAGAGGUUCUUGAGGGGAUGUUUGUGCCCUGGUGCUCUGAUUGCAAUUCGAACGUGCUGCUGCAGGCGGUGGGCGUAGUGGGUGCUGUUAUUAUGCCCCACAAUCUCUAUCUCCAUUCGGCCUUGGUUAAGUCCCGCGAUAUAGAUCGCCGCCAGCCUAAAAAAGUAAGCGAGGCGAAUUUCUACUUCUUCAUUGAGGCCUCCGUAGCUCUUUUUGUGUCCUUUAUCAUUAAUCUGUUUGUGGUGGCUGUGUUUGCGCACGGCAUGUAUGGUAAAACGAACAAAGAUGUGCUUGAUGUAUGUACCAACAAGUCAAUGUACGAAGAUGCCAAAAUGUCAUUCGUGGACAAUCAGAAUGGAACUGCCAUAAUCGAUGCAGAUCUGUACAAGGGUGGACUCUUCCUUGGUUGCACCUUUGGUGCUGUGGCCAUGUACAUUUGGGGGGUUGGCAUUCUGGCUGCGGGUCAGAGCUCUACCAUGACCGGCACCUAUGCGGGUCAGUUCUCCAUGGAGGGAUUCCUCAAUCUGCAAUGGCCGCGCUGGUGUCGCGUGCUGGUCACUCGCUGCAUUGCCAUUAUUCCCACCUUCUGUUUGGCCAUGUUCAGCAAGAUGGAAGAUUUGACCAGCAUGAACGACAUCCUAAACGCGGUGAUGUCGCUCCAACUGCCAUUCGCUGCCAUACCCACCAUCGCAUUCACCUCGAGUGCCGCCAUUAUGGGCGAGUUUGUCAAUGGAUUGGGCAACAAAAUCGUUUCUAUACUUCUGACCAUUGUGGUGAUUGGCGUUAAUUUGUACUUUGUCGUAGUGCAGGUGGAGAACAUGGAAAUAAAAGGCGGUUUGCUGGCCCUAGUCUGUAUAUUUGCCAUUCUAUAUUUACUCUUUAACCUAUACCUUGUGAUACACAUGGCCGCUUGCAUGGGCAAUCAGCGCCUGGUGAACAGUAGGUGGGUUCAGCGCUUCGUGUUGCCGAGCCAGAACAGCUUUUCGAUAAAGAACGCCAACUCGACGUAUGCCAGGAUUGCCACGAGUGCCGAAAACGAGGUGGAGGCCGUUGACGGUAUGGACGGUGAGGAUGCGUAGCCAUUACUGUGCUGCACUGAUUCCGAUGGCAGUGAGGAGGUUUGUUUCACGAACAGCAACAACAACGAGGUCGGCUGUCCAAGCAGCAAUGUAAACGGAACUGGGGGGCAGCACGUCAUCCUCAGCUAGCGGUGGCGUUCCAAUUGGCUCCGUGAAUGCCGCCGGCGUAACAAACUACUCGACAACGGACACAAUGUGGCAGAUUUUUCUACGACCAGGUCGAGUUCCGAUUCGGUCUGGCUGGCGUGGAAUGGAUUGGCGUCCGUUGUUGCUUCGGGUAUUCUUUUUUAAGGGGUCCUCCCAGAGGACCUUGGAUCAGUGCAACACAAUAACUAAAUUCUAAUUUGAAUGCAAACCAAAAAUGGAUAAUGAACACUACUUACUAAAAAGCGCAGAGAGACAAAAAACAAAAUCCAUGAGAUCGUCGAAAUUAGCACUAAUCGAAAGCACUUUUAAUUAAAGCAAAUAGUUAUAAAGUCUAUUAAUAAUAAGGCUGUGAAAUUAACUGAGCGUAAAUCGAACCACAUCAAUUAUCAAAAUAGGUUCAAAUCUGCCUGUAAAAUUUAUAUCAUUUUGUGUCUCUUUUAUUGAAUGUGUGUGAGUAAUUAUUUAUCAAAUGUUUUAAAAAAGACACUUUGUACUUUGUAUUUAUUUUGUACUGUUUAUCCUAAGAACUUCUUCAUUAAAGCUGCACUUUUUAAUGUAAACUAAAGGUCCAGAGGAGUCCAUUAUCUCCUAGCUAGCUACAUACAAAUAUUUUAAAAAUUGUUGUGUACAAAAAUUGCUAUAAAUAAAGAUUUGUAUUAUAAUAAGAAACAAA